CUCAACCUCCAGAGAACCAGAAACAUCUCCAAGAACUCGACCAUGGAGUUUAACCUUCCUCCUUACUUGCUCCAAGCAGCCAAAUGCAAACUCGAACUCAACUCGAGCGCUGAUUGCGGUUACUUCAGCGCAUGUGGGAGCCUUUCUCCAAGCUCCUCCAUCGAUUCCGGAUGCUUUUCUCCCCCUUGGGGAGCUGGAAGACAACUGGAAGGUCUUGAAAAUGCCAGUGUUGACUGUUUGCAAGCGAAAAAGCUAAAGCUAGCUCUUCCCGUUGAUUCGAAGAGACGUUCCAGAUCUAAAAACCCAGGAAUGAAGAGACAAUCAGCAAGCGAACGAGAGAAACUCAGGAUGAGGGAUUUGACCAAAGCUCUCCAUCAUCUCAGAGCCUUCUUACCUCCAUCUGUGGCUCCUGCUGGACAAACCUUGACCAAGAUUGAGACCCUUCGUCUUGCCAUUAGCUACAUUUCACAUCUCUCUGAUCAACUCGGACAGGCUGAGGUGCCAAAUUAUGAGAUGUGCUGCUCUGCUGAAGCUUCAGAUAGGCUUCAGUCUGGUCUGAUUUUUGAAAACUUGUGUAUGGACGGACAACAGGGACUCAUGCAAGAUAAUGUUCAGUAUUGUCCAACACUCACAAGCUUUGGGGAUUCAAGGGAACAGAUGGAGAACAGCUUUCCUGCUAGUUCACAUUUCAGAGAUGCACAGUCUUAUAUGUUUCCCUGCACAACAAUGGAUGAUGCUUCAUAUAGCCAUCAGUUUUACCAAUAA